AUGGCUGCUGCUUCAUUUCGUAAUUGUUGAUAAUUAAAUAACAAAUUUUCGAAUUUAACAGUAGCAUCUCCACUAGCAUUAGCAACCCAAUACAGCUGUUUCAUUUGUUGUGCUAGUUCUGUAAACUGCAAACAAUUAUUAACAAUUGUAAUCAUGUGGUGUGUAAAGUAUGUAUAAUUCAAAAUUACAAAUGCAUUUUUUAAAAAGACUGUCAAGAAUAAUCAACUUACAAUAUAAACAUUAUCCGAGGAGAUGUUUAACCUCCAAAUCGUCUGCGAAUGUAAAAAUUGAAGCAGAACAAGACAAAAAAAAUGUUUUAGUGGAACAUUUUGAGGCAAUUACUUUAAUUGGUAUAAAUCGACCUGAAAGCAAGAAUGCUUUAAAUGUUGCAACUGCACAAAAAUUGUCAGAUAAAUUAGAUGAAUUUGAAAAUGAUGAAAAUUCUGUAGUUGGAAUCCUUUAUGGUACAGGAGGAAAUUUCUGUAGUGGUUAUGAUCUUAAAGAAAUUGCACAAUAUAAUGGAAAAAAUGAAGAAGUUCUACCUCAGUUUGGAUCAUUGGCUAAUAAAAUUGAGUUAUGUAAAAAACCCUUGAUUGCUGCUAUAAAUGGAUAUGCUUUAGGAAUUGGCUUUGAACUAGCCUUAAUGUGUGAUCUCAGAGUAAUGGAGAAAGGUGCAGUACUAGGAUUUGCAAACAGAAGGUUUGGAAUACCUAUAUUAUGUGGCGGUACUGUUCGAUUACCUGCUUUAAUUGGUUAUUCAAAAGCAAUAGAUCUGAUAUUAACUGGUCGUUACAUUGAUUCAAAAGAAGCACAUUCAUGUGGUUUAAUUAAUCGUCUUACAGACACUGGCAGUGUAUUAGGUAUAGCAGUCAAUUUUGCAAACUCACUUGUAAAAUUUCCACGAAAAACAUUACUUGCAGAUCGUGCUUCUACAUAUUUUGCUACAUUUUCUGCUAAACAGUUAGAAGAAGCUAUACAAUUUGAAAAAGACAAUGCAUCUCAUUUAGUAUUUGAAGAAGGAGUUUCAGGUGCAAAAAGGUUUGUUACAGAAGGAUUAGGAAAGCAUGGGAAAUUUUACAAUAUUACAGAAAGAAAAACUAAGUUCAAAGAACUUGAUAAAGAAUUUUUGUAAAAGAUUUUAUAAAAAUAUAUAUAGGGAGCAGAAAUUUCAUAUAGUUGUAUUUAAAAAAGAUAUAUAUAUAAAUUUUGUAACGUAAUUAAAUUUCUUUGUUAUAAAUACAGUUAUACUAUUCUGUGUGUAUUAUUGCCUUUUUUAAAUGAAGAUUUAGCAGAUGAAUUCUUCUUAAGAAAGGCAUGA